AUUCGCAGAUACUUGCUUAAAGACAGCGAUGCAGUAUGUAACAAUGGCAGCGCAAAUGAUCGAAUGAGGGUGCAGCGCGGGAGCGAGGAGGGCCGUUCGAAAAGAAAAGACGGUGGCGUCUCUGGACAGUACUCUCUAGACCUACACCCUAAUCCCGAUGACGAUUAUGACCGCGGUACCAUGUAUAAGGUCUUGCAGACUUUCAGCGGUUGCGGUACAGCAACUUUACUUGGACUGAGCUAUGUUCUUACUUAAACUUUUGAUUCAAAUUCCUAUGUAAAAUAUUUUCCAAUACCGGUACUCUACCGUGCUGCUGUAUAUACAAAAGUGCUUUAUAGCUCCUGCUCUGGUCCAGCGUAACGACAGCACACGUUACGAGGUUAAGUCGGAACCAGGCUUUUUCUACGUCAUGUUUCAAUAGUGCUGUCGCUACAAAACAGCAGAAUUAAGGCAGAAAGCUGUGGAUUUUUGGUGGGAUCUGGCACAACAACGACAUGUAUAACGAUACUUUUUUAACCCUGCGAGCAAGCGUCGCCAUGCCGCUCGUAGAUUGGUGAAGUCUCUUACAAGCAGCGAGUGAAAACGGUGAUUUGUGAUUGUCAUUGAUAGAGCUUUUCGAUCAAGCAAACUGAGCUACCGCUCGCGGAUUUCCAAGAAUGUGCUGAGCGCGAUACAUGGUAUAUGACGACUGCGAUUUAAAAAGGGUUUGCAGCUCGCUGAUUGUAUUUGCUGAGUUGACGUCAAAAAAUGAUGCAUCCAUCGAUGUGUUCAAGAAAAAUAGCAAAGAAGUCGGUCGUGGUAUUCGAUUUCACCGUGGUCUGGCAAUGUCCCCUCUGAUCCAGCUGUUAUACCUGCACGUGCGAGGUGCGGUCUUAAACUUCAUGUCGCGAGGGAUCUUUGCUGGUUUGAGCCAGCCUGCGGGAAUCUAGAAAGUCAGGUUUGGAGAAAUGCAUGCACAUUUGCAGAGUUUAUCCUCGAGCCGUAUGCUUUUGCGUUGACUUCACAUUGCAAACUGCCAUUGGAUGCAGAAAUGAUUUGAGAAUACCAUAAACAUUUCCGCUAUUCGGCAGAGAAGCAUCGUAGUAGACGCAACGAUGCUCCGUUUAUUGUAACUAUAUUUUACGCUAAGUACAAGAAGAGACCGAACUUGUAUUGUGCUGCAGUCUCAUCUUCUACAUGGAAUUUGCAACAAGAGAGGCUUACCUUCUACUGCUCCACCGCAAUCACCGGUCGCAUUUCUUUACAUGCGACUAAGCUCGUGUUGAACAUCAUUGUCGUCAACAAGCUCCAUCUCUCUCGCUCAAUUAUGAACACGGGGGUCAUAGCAGCGCCAGAUCUUCAUUAGAUUUUUAUGCGGACAAGAGCACAAUGCAUGUAACUGAAUUGCGACGAAUAUUAAGGUGGUCAAUGAAUCAGUUUUGUCUGGACCACCUGGGUGAAUUGCUUAGGCUCGAUUGCAAUAAAAUUUACAUUAAGCAUGGUUGUUAUGUCGCAACGGCUCUACGCGCCGCGACCCAAUAUCUUUCCCUCGCAGUGUGGGCGUGCAACGGCCUGAUUCGCUUCGAUCCGCCAAGUAGACCAACCAAAAGUCGCCGUGUGACUACAUACCAUACUAAGUAGGUUUGGAUACGUCUGAUGCACGCCCUACCGCCACAGACCAGCCAGGUGCCUUCAGCACGGCCUUACACCCACAGUUAACACAAGCCAGUUGGUAUUUUGGAAAUAAGAGAGUAAAAAAAGAAAGCUAAAACAGAGCAUGUGAACGCGGUGAGCGCGUAGUUCUAGCUAGCUUAAUGUUUCGAUGACCUAAGAAGAGUCUCGAACGGAUUGCCCGCUUCAAAAUGCUCCAUAUGCGCGUACUAACUGCAUCGAAAUUGGGAUUUCGCAACAGAAUUAAUUUUAUCAUCGUGUUGACGUUGCGAAGAGCGUUAUUGUGAUAAGCUUCACAUUACCAUACAUGCGGCAGCUUUGAUUGAAUGCGAUACUUGCGUCCAGGACGCAGCCGUCUUUGCUCCAAUCACAGCGGCAGCUAAUUUGAGGUAUCAUUUCACUUGCACGUCACUGCUGUGACUGCUGUGCCUAAUGAACAAAAAACAAGCGCUGUCAAUUGAAAACCAUUCUAAGUAGCAAGGUAGCUAUUACGAAUCACAGUCAGCAUGAAAACGCUCUUACGCUGCAGCGCCUGGUAGAGACGUGAAUCAUGCCGCAUGGUCAGAGCUCUGACAGCGGUACACGGCAGAAACAUGGCUACACGGUUGGCGACUCCUGCAAAGCGCCCAGAUUCUAUAAUAGCACCGCAAGGGGUCGCACGUCACCGUUCGCACCAAUAUGUGAUCUGGACGUAUUUGCUUAUAAGAUGGCAAAUGGUUGAAGCGCUAAUGCCAAGUGAGCACAGCGCAAACAUAUCGGCAUGAACAUAAACGACGACGGGAAGAUCUAGGCACAUAUGUGCAUAUGCCACGGCCGACUACUCGUCAAUGCCCAGGUGACUCACCACACUGAACGAAGAAACAUCCAGUGAACAGUUAUUGUGCUAGGCUUUGCCAACUGCAACAGGCUACGCAUUAGAGGUUAAUAGUGGUGGCGUGAAGGCACUGACUUGUGAUUUUUCUAGAGGAUACAGGAAUGUGUAUACCAUCAGCGUUUGGUGACAGCGAUGUAAAAAUAACAAUUAAAUUCCUUGUUUUUUGUAAG